GGGGCGCUAAUGGCACACAAUCUUUCACACUGUAAACACACUGAUUCUCUUCUCCCUCCGCACCAGAAAUACUUAGACAAUGCAGCGUCGUCGCGAAUACAGGCAGUGACAACCGCUCACACUGGACAGAGCCGGAUAAACACCUGGUGCCGUUUUGUUUCUUGCACACUAUCCGCGACGCUGGAACUGAAAUCCGAUAUGAAAUCAUGGAGCUGCCUCACCAGCGUCCUACUAACCAACGAUGCUAACGCUAGCCCAGCUCGCUAGCAGCCUGGCAGGCUUUGGCGUCUCAGGUGAAGAAGAACUGAGAAUCAUUGCCAUCUUGUUGUCUUGAAACUUGUGUCUCUUUGGUUGCGCAAUUGACAUUGCUUCGAGUUGCGUUAAAGGGAAGAGAAACACACGUUUGGUUUAGGUCACCCAGCUGUCUCUUUAGCUCGUCAUUUAGCCGCUGCUGUUGUUGUUGUUAGUCAUCGCUGGAGGUGGUACAGUUGAGCUAGCCAGCUUGCUAUCCGAGUAAUUGUAGCUGAAUGGGGUGGAGUUGUCAUUAGUGUUGCCGCACAGGCUAGAAUAACAUUAGGUAUCAGUUGCCUGUUUGGGAAGACGGUGUCGGACAAGAUGGUGUUAAGGAGCUGCUGGAAAUCUCGACAUAAAAACAACUGUGGACCUGCUCCUCGGUGGAUCCGAUCAGGAUUGGCAGCCCUGUUCUGGUUAUGUGUGACCCAGUUGGAUUUCGGCUGUGGGGCGGUGAGGGAGACCAAAAAUGUGGUCCAGAAAGAUGCAGAGUUUGAUGUCACCUACAAUGACACGGUUACAAGUGAAAACCAGACCAUCUAUGCUUUCAAUCACACUAUCUCCAGGAAUAAGACGGAGGGAGUGCGUGUGUCUGUGGAUGUGUUGUCACAGGGUUUGGAGAGUCCUACCCUGUUUGUGGUACGACAGAAGCAAGCUGUACUGUCUUUUCAAGUUCCUCUCAUACUAAGAGGCCUCUACCAGAGGAAGUACCCUUACAAUCAUGUGGGCCGGACAUUGUGCCAGCCUCCGACCCGGGCUGCCUCCGAGACCCAGUACUUCUUUGUGGAUGUGUCUACCCUGUCCAGCACGGGUACAAACUACCAGCUCAGGGUCAGCCGCGUUGAAAGCUUCACCCUGCAGACAGACAAGAAAUUCAGCUUUACAGCGUCCCCAUCCCAACCUCAGUACUUCAAGUAUGUCUUCCCGGAUGGCGUGGACACUGUGAUAGUCAAGGUCAACUCAGACAUGACCUUUCCCUGCUCCGUUAUGUCCGUCCAAGACAUUCAGUGCCCCGUCUAUGACCUUGACAACAACGUGGCUUUCAUUGGGAUGUACCAGACUAUGACCAAAAAAGGCGCAAUCACUGUGCAGAGAAAAGAUUUCCCCAGCAACAGUUUCUAUGUGGUGGUAGUGGUAAAAACAGAGGACGAGGCGUGUGGGGGUCCGCUGCGCUUCUACCCUCUCCGUCCUGAUGAGCUGAUCGACGCUGGCAACCGCACCAAGGUCCUGGAUGUGAUAGUUACCCCUGCUAUCAACUCGGAGGUGUAUGUGAUGGGCAUGCUGUUCUGUCUGGGUAUCUUCCUCUCCUUCUACCUGCUCACCUUGCUGGUAGCCUGUGUGGAGAACAAGCGAAUGAAUAAGAAGAGAGAGGUGUUUCAGAAUCCUGCUGACAUGUCGCCUGCUGAGACAGCCUCCCUGCUUGGGAAGAACGGAGAUGGCAAGACUCCAGCCUCACCAUAUGAAUAUGGCUCCUUUGCUGACAACGGCAGCACUCUCAGUUCAGAGGCCAUUACUGACAGCGCCACGUCAACUGACAACAACUAUAGAUACCUGGGACAGGAGCCUUUCAAACGUCGCCCAAUCCUCACUCACCUUCACCACAUAGCCAUCCGCAUCGAGCGAUCGUUGGAGAGUGUUGGACGAAGCAGGCAGGAGUCUCUGAGCUCCGUGGAGGAGGAUGACUACGACACGCUCGACGACAUCAACUCAGACAAAAACAUUGUCCGUACCAAGAAAUUUUUAUACGUGUCUGACCUGUCUCGCAAAGACAAGAGAGUCCUCAGCAAGAAAUACCAAAUCUACUUCUGGAACAUUGCUACUAUUGCUGUGUUCUACGCGCUGCCAGUCGUCCAGCUGGUCAUCACCUAUCAGACGGUGGUCAAUGUUACAGGAAACCAGGACAUCUGCUUCUACAACUUCCUGUGUGCCCACCCCCUGGGAGCACUCAGCGCCUUCAAUAACAUCCUCAGUAACCUCGGUUACGUGAUGCUGGGACUGCUCUUCCUCCUUAUCGUCCUCAAAAGAGAUAUUGUCCACAAUCGCGCCCUGGUCCGCAAUGAACUCAGCGCGCUGGAAUGUGGUAUCCCAAAGCACUUUGGUCUGUUUUAUGCCAUGGGAACCGCUCUGAUGAUGGAGGGCCUGCUCAGUGCCUGCUACCACGUCUGUCCUAACUACACCAACUUCCAGUUUGACACCUCCUUCAUGUACAUGAUUGCUGGACUGUGUAUGCUAAAGCUGUAUCAGAAGAGACACCCAGACAUCAACGCGAGUGCUUACACUGCCUAUGCCUGCCUGGCUGCGGUCAUCUUCUUUUCUGUGCUGGGAGUGGUAUUUGGGAAAGGAAACACAGUCUUCUGGAUCAUUUUCUCAGUGAUCCACAUCCUAUCCACCCUCCUCCUCAGCACACAGCUGUACUAUAUGGGCCGAUGGAGGCUGGACUCCGGAGUGCUGCGCAGGAUGGUAUAUAUUGUCUACACUGAUUGCAUCCGGCAGUGCAGUGGACCUAUGUACAUUGAUCGUAUGGUUCUGCUUGUAAUGGGGAACAUAGUCAACUGGUCUCUAGCUGCCUACGGCCUCAUAGAGAGACCUAAUGACUUUGCCUCCUACCUGUUGGCCAUCGCCAUCUGCAACCUGCUGCUCUACUUUGCCUUUUACAUUAUUAUGAAGCUUCGGAGCGGUGAGAGAAUCCAGUGUUUGGCGUUGGUGUGUAUUCUGUUCACGGCUGUGGUGUGGGGCUUUGCACUGUAUUUCUUCUUCCAGGGUCUCAGCACCUGGCAGAAAACUCCAGCAGAGUCUCGCGAGCACAACAGGGACUGUAUUGUGCUUUCAUUCUUUGACGACCACGACAUUUGGCACUUCCUCUCCUCUAUCGCCAUGUUUGGAUCCUUCCUGGUCCUUCUCACCAUGGAUGACGACCUCGACACCGUCCAGAGAGACAAGAUCUUCGUCUUCUAGAUUUGUCAGAUCAUCUGUGAUGAGCUCAGCUCUUCCUCUCUGCCUUAUCGCCCCCUCAUCUCUCUCUCUCUCUGUUUGCGUCUCCUUCAUGUUCUUUAAGAAAAGCACAGCCAGUAGCCUGUUUUUCCCCAAGGCUGUACAGUGGGCACCUGUCUGCCUCUCACAGCCAAUCAGCCAGUAAGGGAAGGGCAGUAGCCCCUCCCUCAACCUGUAUGGACACAAAUGUGCCAAUGAAGAGCUGUGUCGACGUUCGAGUGAUGCUGAAGUGUUUCGUCCUCUCGCUGCCAUCAUCAAUUUAACUGUUGUAAUCGAUGUUUACUUUCUGCUGACAGUGAAGAUAACAAUGUACACACUCGCUAAAAAAAAAAAAAACUAUCCGAAUUAACUUAUUUUAUACUGUCUGCAUUACAUUUGACCUGCAAGUCAGCGAUGCAUUUUGGAAUUACUGUUUGUAUGCUGUUUAUAUGCUGUGUGAGUGUUUGUACAGGUGUGAGUGCGUUUACAAACGCGAGAAUAUGAAUUCUGUCUGUCAGUGGCCUUUAACGUUCUAAUCAUGUUAGUCACAUACUGUGCUCUGAUUGGUCAGAUCUUCUAGCCGUCCUUCUCAUUGGAGAAUAUAAUGAUUGUAUUUACUUCUCGACUGCCCUCAAGUCUGAAUUUAAAGGGUUUUUUGCACUGUACUAUAGGAGAAAACUGAUUUUAAUGUGGAACAUUUCAAUGAGCGGUUACUGAAUAAAGGUUUCAUUUUCAUAAA